AUACGUGGUGUGAAUCUCGCCGGGAAUGGAGGCCCGUGGAGUCCGUACGUUGCCGGAUUCGCAGCAGGUGUUCCUUCCCCAUGCACUCAGCUGCAUUUAGUUGACGCUGAUUGCUAUCGUGGAGCCAAUAUCACCAAUCGUUGCAAUACUCUUGACUUUGAUAUUCCGCCCAACACCAACGCGGCGAAUACCACGACAUGCAAUAAGCUCGCCUGGCAGCCUUCUGAAGAUGAAGGUGGAUGCGGCUUAGUGGCGUAUCAAGUGUUCCGUGAGGGUUCCCUCAUUGCUGAGGUUCCAGGAAGCAACAUUCACUUUAGUGACUUGGACGCUAGUCUUGUCUGUGGUCAAGAAUACAACUAUGCUAUCCGAGCGCUCAACUGUAGGGGAGAUGAGAGCAGUCCAUUGGUGAACGUCACCGUUCGACAAGGCGCCCGUCCAUUGCCUCUAUGCAGAGACUUCGUUGAAUCUGCGGAAGGUUGGGUCUGUGAUGGUAACGGUCUCUCGGCCAAGCCUGCUUCUACAACGUCGCUGAACUACAGUUGGCCGCGUUUGGGUUCCGCCGUAUCGCUCCGAGAAGAUUGGCAGUCGGGUUUCGCUGUCAAUGAGAGUAUCCUGGGCUAUAUCUUAUCGCAUGACGAUGGCCUUAUGGGGAACAUGGAAGUCGUCUAUGAUGGAGUUGGCUGGCCUUCACAAACGUUCUAUAUUCAGAAGAAUCUGACCCCUGGGCUGACGUACAGGGCAACUGUUAGGGCUGUCACUACUGUUGGCCAAGGAGAGGCUUCUCCGGUGCUCUACACUGUUAUGGCUGAGCCUCCGGACCCUCCAAUGAAUGUGAAGAUAAAAUGGGCUACUCCAACGGGCGGAGUUGAUUUGUAUUGGACCGCUCCGACUUACACUGGUCAUAGCCCCGUCACGAGUUAUAUAAUCCAGUAUCGCUCAGUUGGCGAGAGCUCUGAGUUCUUCACCAUUCCGCGCUACCCAAGUGGCGUGGAGCAAGGGCCGUAUCGACUUGAUGAAAGCGAUAAUCUAACACGAAGCCAAGAGUUCGAGUUCCGUAUGGCUAGUGUGAACACUGCUGGACAAAGUCAGUGGAGCGAAGUGGCAUCGAUAUGGGUUGGGAAUAGGCCAUUGCCUCUGCCCGAGAGGCUUGGCUUGUGGUUCUCUAUGGUCAACAAGACACAUGUGGGAGUGUCCUGGCCUCAGCUUGAUGAUGAAUCGUUGUUGAUGAUCCCCGAUAUUUAUGGGACUAGGAGGGACGCGUGGGGUUACGUCUUAUACGCUUAUGCGUUUACCGGUAACUAUACGCCGUCUGAAGCUUACAGGACUGCGGCAUCGGCGAACGUUACUAGCACCAUCAUCGCAGUCCCGACCGAGGCAACAUGUGGAGGUUUGUUCUGCAUUACAUUGCGAUUGUGGACACUAGUUGGUGAUGGGACAGACAAUCCAGAUUGGAGAGCUUGUACUGACACCUCGGACCUUCCUGGCACGCCCAUCGAUCCUCGA